AGCUCUCCCUCUCUCUCUCGGUUCUGGUUCAUGUCUCGCUCUCUUCCACGCUGUGGUGGUUUUCACUGAUCGAAACUCGAGUCUCGCUCUCGACCUCUUAGAGACACUGUUCUUUGCUGCUUGGGUUCGCAAACCAAUUUUCACUACGUCCUGAUGCUGCUGUACAUUGCAGCCGAUCCACUCGCAAUAGUUUCACUCACAGCAUGAAGUCACAGAUGGAGGCAAUGGAAUGUAGUGAUGGUGCGGUAAAUGCUGGUACAACUACAUCGGCAGCUGAUUAUGGUCUGGAUUUUGAUAGCCCAAUGCCUCCCAUAAUGGAAGAAUCCUCUAUGAAAGAUGGUGAUAGUCGAGGCACUUCUUGUGGUCACCCACCAUUGAAAUCAAAAGCAUGGGCUCAUUUUACUAGAGUUAAAGAUGGUGAUCCCAAUAGCCCUAAAGCUAGUUGCAAUUAUUGUGGGAGGUCGUACAAAUGCCAUUCAAAAAAGCAAGGCACUUCAUCCAUGUUGUACCAUUUAACAAUUUGCAAACACUACCGUGCUAGACAGAAUCGCUUGGCUGCAUCAAAAUCAAAGUUGAUUUGUGAACUGAAGAAAGAUGGAGAUAGCACCACUGGGAGUCUUGCAAUUGAUAAGUGUGUUGAAAAGAAAAUAGGGGUGGCAAUUGCUAGGAUGAUAAUAGUGGAUGGGUUACCUUUUAGGUUUGUUGAAGGCCAAGGUUUUAGGGACUUUAUGAGGACAAUUGAUUCUAAAUUCCCAAUCCCUUCUUGCAUCACUGUGAUGCGGGAUUGUGUUAAGCUCUACCUACUGGAGAAGGAGAAGUUAAGGAAUUUGUUCACUACAUCAGGUCAAAGGGUUUGCCUAACUACUACUGCUGUGCUUGACCCAAGAUACAAGUUGGAUGCUUUAGAGUUUUGGUUCACAGAAGUUGUUGGCAUCGAACAGGCAACUGAACUUGUAGCAAAGCUAAGGAGAGUCAUUGACCGGCUAUAUGAUCAAUACACUAAAUUUGGUGGUGAUGUAUGUGGGGUUGAGUUAAGUGGUGCUGAGCCUCAAAGUUCCUCAAUAUCAAUUAAUUCUAGUAAGCAAGGAUUCUUGAAUUUCAUGAGUAGGUACUACAAGAUUCGAACAUCGCAAAAUAAUGUAGGGUGCAAGUCAGAGUUGGAUCAGUAUUUGACGGAUGAUAUUGAAGCACCAAAUGAGAAUUUUGAUAUUUUAAAUUGGUGGAAGGUGAAGUCAACAAAAUUUCCGAUCCUUGCCCAUAUAGCAAAAGUUGUGUUGGCUGUUCCCAUUUCAACUAUUGACUCUGAGUCUAGUUUUAGUGCUGAUGGUCAGGUGUUGGAUCAUUUUCGGAGUUCAUUAUCUCCAACAGCAGUUGAGGCAAUUAUAUGCGCACAAAAUUGGCUAAAAGAGGCUCCACCCAUUGCUUAUGACACUCGAGAUGUAAUGGUAGAUGCUGAAAGCUAUAAGCUAGAAUCAGAGAUAUCUUUAAGGAACAUUUUACACGAUGACGAUUGAUUGAAUCUUGGCUCUACUGAGGUGAGGGAAGUGGUAAUUCUUGGUGUUGUGAAAAGAAAGCUUGGAGAUGGCUAGGGUGUGAGAGAUCGCUGUCUUUUGGUUGCUAUCUGUUUGCUGGUUCAUUUUUUCUAUGGCUUAUGUGAUUCUCUAAAAGAAAAUUGACUGUAGCUCUUUUUUGAUUUUGUAGCUAUGAUUAUGAUGUAAAAUACUUAAACUUUGCUGGCUGAAUGUCAAUAUUAUGGUCUGUAAGAAAACACAUUGCUGGCUGGAGAGGAAUAUAUUGUCGGUUGGAGCUGGAUGGAUGGGAAAUUAUUUUAGUUUCUCUUUAUCCGAGUUCUAAUAUUCUCUGCAUGUAUAUUAAUGUUCUAAUCUUGAGAUGAGUUUAGAAUAGAGACAAGCUUUUGAUCGUACAUUCAACCUGUUAUUGUUAGCAACUUA